GCAGCCGGCGCUGGGCCCGCCUGGAAUGCGGGAACAGGCUGCGCACCAGGACUUUUAUGGAAACUUGCUGUCGGAGACGGCGGCGGCGGCGGCGGCAGCCAGAGAGCUCCCGGCGGCGGCGGCCGGAGCGCGCAGACCCCUGCCCACCGCCAGGCGCAGCACGCGCGCAGCCUCUCCGCGCAACCAGGACGCUCGCGGGUCGCGGGCCGCUGGCGGGUUAAAUCGCUGCCAUAAGAAAACUCCGAAUACACGUGCAAAGAUAUACAAAGCUUCAUAAUCACCCCAAGACCACACCCAAGAGCAAACAUGAAUGAUAUUUCCCAAAAAGCUGAGAUUCUGCUUUCUUCAUCUAAACCUAUCCAAAAAUCCUAUGUGCCAAAACUUGGCAAGGGUGAUAUAAAGGAUAAGUUUGAAGCCAUGCAGAGAGCCAGGGAAGAAAGAAAUCAAAGGAGAUCUAGAGACGAAAAGCAAAGAAGAAAAGAACAAUAUAUUAGAGAGAGAGAAUGGAACAGGAGAAAGCAGGAGAUUAAAGAAAUGCUUGCUUCUGAUGAUGAAGAGGUAUCUUCUAAAGUAGAAAAGGCCUAUGUCCCAAAGCUAACAGGAACCGUGAAAGGUAAAUUUGCUGAAAUGGAGAAGCAAAGACAAGAGGAACAAAGGAAGAGAACGGAGGAGGAGCGAAAACGCAGAAUUGAACAGGAUAUGUUAGAAAAGAGGAAGAUACAACGUGAAUUAGCAAAAAGGGCUGAGCAGAUUGAGGACAUAAACAAUACGGGAACUGAAUCAGCAUCAGAGGAAGGAGAUGAGUCACUGCUUGUAACAGUGGUACCUAGCAAAUCACACAAAGCAUCUGGAAAAAUAAAAAAGAAUUUCGAGGAUCUAGAAAAAGAACGAGAAGAAAAAGAAAGGGUCAGAUAUGAAGAGGAUAAAAGAAUAAGAUAUGAAGAACAACGACGAUCUCUCAAGGAAGCAAAGUGUCUUUCGUUGGUCAUGGAUGAUGAACUGGAAAGUGAGGCUAAAAAAGAAUCACUUUCUCCUGGAAAAUUGAAACUAACUUUUGAAGAAUUGGAAAGACAAAGACAAGAAAACCGGAGGAAGCAAGCUGAAGAGGAAGCAAGACAACGUUUAGAAGAAGAGAAGCGUGCUUUUGAAGAAGCAAGGCGGCAAAUGGUAAAUGAGGAGGGGGAAAACCAAGAGACAGAAAAAAUUUUUAAAGGGUACCGCCCUGGUAAACUCAAACUCAGUUUUGAAGAAAUAGAAAGACAAAGGAGAGAAGAUGAAAAAAGGAAAGCAGAAGAAGAAGCCAGAAGAAGAAUAGAGGAAGAAAAGAAGGCAUUUGCUGAAGCAAGGAGAAGCAUGGUAGUAGAUGAUGACUCCCCAGAGAUGUAUAAAACAAUCUCUCAAGAAUCUCUUACACCUGGAAAACUGGAAAUUAACUUUGAAGAAUUAUUAAAACAAAAAAUGGAAGAAGAAAAACGACGAACAGAGGAGGUACGGAAGCAUAAGCUAGAGAUGGAAAAACAGGAGUUUGAACAACUGAGACAAGAAAUGGGACAGGAAGAGGAAGAAAAUGAAACCUUUGAGCUGAGCAGGGAAUAUGAAGAAUUAAUCAAAUUGAAAAGAAGUGGCUCUAUUCAAGCUAAAAAUCUAAAAAGCAAGUUUGAAAAAAUUGGACAAUUGUCUGAAAAAGAAAUACAGAAAAAGAUAGAAGAAGAACGAGCAAGAAGAAGAGCGAUUGACCUUGAAAUUAAAGAGCGGGAAGCAGAAAACUUUCAUGAGGAAGAAGAUGUUGAUAUCAAGCCUGCAAAAAAAAGUGAGGCUCCGUUUACUCAUAAAGUAAAUAUGAAAGCUAGAUUUGAACGAAUGGCUAAGGCAAGAGAAGAAGAAGAACAAAGAAGAAUUGAAGAACAAAAGUUGCUACGCAUGCAAUUUGAGCAAAAGGAGAUUGAUGCAGCACUACAAAAGAAAAGAGAAGAGGAGGAAGAAGAAGAGAGUAGCAUCAUGAAUGGCACCACUAUUGAAGAUGAAGAGCAAACCAGAUCAGGAGCUCCGUGGUUCAAAAAGCCUCUAAAAAACACAUCGGUUGUAGACAGUGAGCCAGUUAGAUUUACUGUUAAAGUAACAGGAGAACCCAAACCAGAAAUUACCUGGUGGUUUGAAGGAGAAAUACUGCAGGAUGGAGAAGACUAUCAAUAUAUUGAAAGAGGAGAAACUUACUGCCUUUAUUUACCAGAAACUUUCCCAGAAGAUGAAGGAGAGUAUAUGUGUAAAGCGGUCAACAAUAAAGGGUCUGCCGCUAGUACCUGUAUUCUUACCAUUGAAAGUAAGAAUUAAUCACUUUUUAGUGUAGAACUUUUAUUCUAUUUAAAAUUUUUUUCCUCUAAAAAAAAAUCACUUUUCUUCUUCUCUUUUUUUAGCUGACGACUACUAGCUCCCCUUCCCUCUCCCUGGAACUUUCUCUCUCUCUCUCUCUCCGACUUUCUUACUACAUCCAUCUUUCUGUGGCGGGGCCAAAAAAGGAAACCAGAAGUGCCACUGUGUUGACUUCUUAUUCCUUUUCAUAAGUCUUCAAACACAAGCUCAUCUAAAGAAUGAUACCUUCUUCCUUUCCAAAUGAGCACCAGAUUCAUCACCAUAUUAUGCAGUAGAAGCGAAUGUGUAUUUAAUGGGGGAAAGUGGGAAAUUUAUUCAAUUAUUCUAUCAGAACCUAUUACAAAGGCUGUGUAUUUCCCGUAAAUUCAAAGUAAUUAUAUUAAAAAAUCAUAAAUAGAACACAUUAUUUUGCAUGAAAGAUUAACAUUUAUGAGCUAUUUACACCUAAAAAUAGUAUGAAAUAGCUGAGACAAUGAAUUUGGAACCAAUAUUGAUUUGAGUGGGCUUUUUUCCUUAGUAGUACGUCAUUUUGGUGUUGUAGUUUCAGUCUUUCUGAACCAGACAUACAAGGGGGGAGGGGUGUCAUUCCUUUUAUAGGAAAGGGGGAACAUGGAGAAAAACAAAAAACAAUUAAAUAAGACUUUUAAGGAACUGCCAGAGAAAAUUUGAUGGAAACCACUACCUACAGAAUCCUGAGUGUUGAGAAUAUUAAACAUGUACUUUUCAAAUGAGUGUAAUACACAUUCAAACUUAUAAAGAAAAUUUAUGUGGUGACCUUGCCUGAAAAAUUAUAUUUUAAUGAGAAAACGUUGUAUUAAUAAUUCAUGCAGAAGAAAACAGUUUCAACAUAAUCAAGAAUUUCAAGAUCUAAGAGGAUUUAGGAAAUCUAAGAGAUUUAGGGAAAAAACAGCACAAUCUUCAAUUUUAAAUUCUGGUCUUUAAAAUGAGUUUGUAAAUAAUUAGCUACCAUGUUCUAUUAUCAAGUUGUUUUAUAUUUUAAUUUUCUGGAAGACAACUUUAUUUUACAAUGUAAAUCCGUAAUAAAGUAACUUCUGUAUUAAAAAAAA